GUAUUUUUCCUUAACGUCAUUUCAAUUCACAACUUCAAAGCACAUCACACGUGUUUUGAUUCAUUUUUUGGGGAAGCAAAAAUCAGGAAAAGAAUUCUAUUAUUUAAUCCAAAAUAAACAUCAAUUGAACUUAAAAAAUGGGUAAAUUUCGUUCUAAACUAAAGCGUCACACAAAAGGAAAGACAUGGGCUAAAGGACAGUCGGCUACAACAAAUCCGGAACAAAUGAAACAUCGUCUCAAAGCAAAGUCACGAUUUUUUCAACCAAAUUUAAGUUUAGCUCCCCCAGAACCUGAACCCGGCAAGCCCACCCUAACUCUGGAAGCAGUGUUAAAACAUGAACAACGACAACUCUAUGCAAAUACCGACAAGGAGCCUACCGUCAACGAUGUAGCUGGUAGUUUGCGAUCGUUUAGUAUCAACGAUGACGAUGGCGACGAAGAUAUGUCUGAAUCCCAACUCGGUACAUUCAAGACAUUCAAAACUUUUGCCUCGAAUUACAGUACUUGCACGAAUAUGAGUUUUAAGAAACUUUUAUCCGGCUUUAGAGCUUCGUCAGAAUUGCACAAAGAAAUGUUAGCCAUUCUUACUGCAUUGACUGAAAUUAUUAAAGAGCGAGGUGGCACUGGCACUUCGACUGAAUACUUUAUUCUUCUAAUGGAAACAAUCGAUGCCAGUGAAGAAGAAUCUGAUAUAAUUGCUGGCAUUUCGUUGCUAGGCAUGGGCAUAAAAUCAGUUCCAGUGCCGGUUUUAAGAAAGAGAUUCUCUGAGACAGCUCAAUCUUUGUUAGCGAAUCUUCAAAGAUUUUUGGAGUCGAGUAAUCAAUCGAUAUUGAAAUAUAUCAUUGGGUGUUUGUCAGUACUUCUCCGUGCACAGGAAUACAUGACUUGGACAUACUCAUCCACAUGGCAGUACAUUGAUGCGAUUAUCUCCUUUACUGUCCACUCAAAGCCAAAACUACGUAAAGCUGCUCAACAUGCAGUCACUUCUAUUAUUCGUGGAAGCUAUUUCAUGCUUCCACCUAAGCCAGGCACAGAUGAUCCCGAAGAUAAGGCACCUGAAUCCUUGAAUCGGGUUAAAUACCAUCCAGCUGGUACUCGAGUUGUUCGAUUCUGUUUGAAUCAAUUCAAACCUGAAGUUCUCAUUAAUUCCCAAACUACUGUUCUUCAUACUCUUGCAUUGUUGAAAGACACAUUAGCUGGUUUCAAAACCGAUGAUAUCCGGUCGAUAUGUGAGAACCUUUUGUCUAUUAUGACCGCUGCUAAUGUUCUUGUUCGAACAAAUUGCCUACAGGUCUUUCACACAUUGUUUUUGUCCAGAACGGAUAAUCUCAAUGGGUCAUUGUGUGCCAAACUUUUGGCAGCAAUCUAUGAAUAUCGUCCAGAUCGUUCUGAUAUUCGACAAACUUUAGCUUGGUUAACUGUCCUUAAGGAAGGACAUAUACAUUUGGCUACUCUCGAGUUGCAUAUGUGUGUUAAUUCGCUGCCGAGAUUGGUUGAUAUUUGUACAACUGAUUUAUGGAUGUCUGAUAGAUCAGAAAUAGUUACUGGAGUUUCUAAUAUUAUCAAAGAAAUUUUACAAGAAUGUGUGAAACCAGCGUGUGUUAGUCAAGAACUAGCCGAACAAUAUCGUGCUCCUAUAACAAAAAUAAUUGCAUUGAUAAGUAAAGUUCUAUCUUCGCCGUUUGGAGAUGUCGCCAAGUAUGUGAUACUAACAUUCUCGAUUGUUUUUGAUAUUUGCGGAGAGUUCUUUAGCAAAGAACUUAUGGCUCCAUUGGCAACUCUAGCCAAUCGUUAUGACACUCAAAGUUCACUCCGUAUCCACAUUGAACAUUCAAUAAUUUCUGCAAUCAAGUCAAUGGGUCCAGAAGCUGUACUCAAAACUGUUCCCCUAACUAAUGCCAAGGGUGAAGUCUUGCUCGAAAAAUCAUGGCUUCUACCACUUCUCCGUGAAGGUGCAACAGGAGCUACAUUUAAAUUCUUCAAAGACGUCAUCCUUCCAUUAGCUUUGGAUUGCAACAACAAAUGGAAUCAAUAUACUCAGGAGAAAAAUGUUUCCCUAUCGCAUACUUAUGAGCUGUUGUGUUGUCAGCUUUGGGGUCUGCUUCCAGGAUUCUGUCGUAGUCCAAAGGAUCCAGAGAAUUUCCGUCUAGUUGCUCCAACACUUGGUAAUGCUUUGGAUAAUAAUCCAGAAUUUCGAGCACCAAUAUUUGAUGGUUUAAGUGAAUUAAUUGCUUGUGAGGAUGCCACAAUUCGUGAGGUGUUGGGAAAAUAUUCAAAGAAUUUUCUACCUCGUUUGUUCAAUGUUUAUACACAAAAGGCAAAUGGAACAUAUGAACAAGAUUUACGCAAAAAAGCUUUAGAAGUUAUUAAGGCUUAUGUGACAAUAACUCCAGAAUCAGUUUCGAAGGAACUAUUUGAAAAUGCAAAAUCUCAAUUGACUUCUACAGCAACGGGAACAUUUGAAAAUGAUUCAAUAUUUGAUAUUAAUUGUGCUUUGGUUUUGUAUCAAUCAGAAGAUGUCAUCAAGACAUUCUUCGAGACGUUUAUUGUUCCAGUUUUGAAAAAGGAAAAAUCCAAAAUUGUUGCCAAAGAUGAACAAAAACUAAAGAAGCAACAAAGAAAAACCUAUGAACUUCUCCGGGACAUUCUCACUUCAGACAUAUCACAAUGUAAGAAGUUCAGCAAGAAGAAUGUUGUUGCAUUACAGAAACUCUUGUUGGAAGCCUUUGCAACCAGUUGUUCAGUUUGUCAAGCUGCACGUUUGAAAUGCCUUAAAAUUCUCAUUGAAAAUCGUAAAACUCUCACCGUCAAUGAUAAGAUUGUUAUAAAAACAAUUCCCGAAGCAAUUGUAAGCUAUAGAGAAUUCUCUACGAGAAAAGAAAACAUCUCUGAAGAAAUUAUUAAAUUGGUUGGCAAUUUAUAUCAAGAAGCUGAUAAACUCAAUGAUUUUAUUGAUAUUUUAAUGGCUGGCUUUGCGGGUGAUGAAACAAUUGUGACGAAUACUAUUUUAGCAUUCCGUUCGGUUGUACAGAAUCUUGGUAAACAUUUGACCAUUAAUACAUUGGAAUUCAUAAUGGAUCAAGUUUUGGUGUUUUUGGUGCAAAAAAGUCGACCACAAGCUGAAGCAGCUGUUGCUUUUCUAAUAACAUUGAUAAAGGUUAUGCCAACGCCAUUGAUUGCUAAUCAUUUGGAAAAUAUUAUGAGAGCCCUAUCUGCAAUGGUUAGCGACACCAAAAGAUAUUGCCGCAUUCAAAUUGGUUAUUUGCUUAAAAAACUCUGCAAAAGAUUCACAGCUGAUGAACUUAUUAAAUGUGUUCCUGGCGAUGAUGAACUUACUCACAGACGAUUAAAGAAAAUCCGAAAACAAAUGCGACGUGAGCUUCGUCAAAAACACGAAGAAGAUACGAAAGGUGAUAAUGAUGAUUCUGAUGAAGAAUUUAUUCCAGGACUUGAAAAGAAGAGUGUUACAAUUGAUGAUAUUCUUGAAGAUUCCGAUUCAGAUCUGCCAGAAGAAAUGAAUAGUGAUGAUGAAAUGGAUAAUGGAAAAUCGAAAAAGAAAUCGAAAAAACAACAAGAAACUUAUAUUCGUGAAGAUCCUGAAGAUAUUGUUGAUUUAGCUGAUAUUAAAUCAAUUGGAAAUGUUUUAACAAACAAGCCAAGUACAUCUGCGGCAGCUGCAACUUCUACCAAGAAAAAGCAAACAGAAAAGAAUCGAGGCUUUAAAACAGCCGACGAUGGAAGACUGAUUAUAAGUGAUAAAUUUGUUGGCAGUGAUUCUGGAGAUGGUAGCAGCGAUAGUGAUGACGAUGAUGAUGAAGAUGGUCCUAAAAAAACAACAAAACGAGGAAUGGAAGAUGAUAGUAGUGAUGAGGAAGAAACCCAAGCAGCUGCACCAAGUCGCAAACGUAAAGCUGUUGACUCAAUGAGUAUGAAAUCAGGACGCACCGGAACCUCACGUUAUACAGCUGGUGGCAAAGGUAUUCACAGGCCGGUAGCUGCAUCAGUUAAAUCUGGUCAUACAGGCUAUUCUGUACAGACAACAGCCUCAAUGUAUUCAACGAAGAAAGCUCAAGGUGAUAUGAAGAAAAAAGGAAAAUUAGAUCCUUAUGCAUAUAUUCCACUUAGCAGGAAUGUUUUGAAUAAAAGAAAACGUGCCAAACAUGCUGGAACCUUUAGUGGAAUUGUAAAAGGUGCUCGCAAAGGAGCAUCAAAAGGUGUUAAAAGCAGAAUACAAAAGAAAUAUAAAAAGUAAACAAAAAACAUGAAAUAUCUGUAAAAACAAAAUAAUAACAUUAUGUAAGCAAUUUUUUCUUUUUAAAACGCAAAAUGAAUUUUAU